UUAAUUAAAGAAAAAAGAGAGAUUCUUGGCAGAUCAUUGUCCUUCUUGGUAUUUGUGAAUAAAAUUAAAAAAAAAAAAUUCAUUUACGUGAGGCUCUCAACUUUCCCAAUUGGUUUUUGUCUCCCAAAUUGUUGCAAAUUCCUGGAAAUUUUGAGAGUCUCUGUGGGUUUUUUUUUCUGGGAGAUUAUUUUUUCUUGUUUUCUGGGAAAAUUUGGAUGUGGGUAUUUGCUAAUCUUGAUUUUUUGUGGGGUUCUUGAGGAUUUAAAAAAAAUGUUUUUUUAGUGAACCCCAUCAAGGAAAUUGAGGUUUUUUAUCUUCCCAUUUGGUUGUAUUAGCAUAUUUUGUGUAUUUGGGGUGGAAAGUUUCACUCUUUGAUAAAUUUUCCUGGAAAUAUUUGAUAUUUUUCUGGGAAAAUUUGGUGGGGUUAUUGAGGAAUCUUGAAAUAGUUGGAGGAUUUGUGACAUUUACAAUCAAGAAAAAGGUGAAAAAGUGAUCAAAGAUUUGAUUUUUAUGGGUUUUUCAUAAGCUCAGGUAAUUUUAUUUUACCUCAAGUUGACAAAGUCCUUUUCCCCUUUAUGUUUUUUGAUAUUGGUCACCAUCAACAUAGUACAUAUCAUAUAUUUGUAUAUAGAGAAAUUUGUCUAUUUGAUUUGUUAAUUGAUUGAUUGAUUGAUUGAUCAAGUCAGAAAGUAUAUUGGUUUUGAGGUGUUGAAAGGGGUUCUUGGAUUUGUUAAAAAUCCAUUUGACUUUGAGAAUUAUGUGUAAGGAAGGUUUAGUUGUGGGGUUGUUGUUAUUAGUUUGUUAGAAAAGAAGGAAAUUUGUGUGCAGAAGGGGAUAGUUUAAGGUUAAGGAUCAUUGUGUUCCUUAUCUUCUGCUAAACAUCAUGCCAGAACGAUAUCCGAAAACUAUGAGAUUUUUGAGCCUUGUGGGAAAUUCAUUUGGAUGCUCUGCGUCAGGCGAGCGGUUAGUUUCUGCAGCUAGAGAUGGAGAUAUCCAGGAAGCUAAGGCUUUACUGGAUUAUAAUCCCCGGCUAGUGAGGUAUUCGACUUUUGGUGUUCGAAAUUCACCCCUCCAUUACUCUGCUGCCCAAGGACAUCAUGAGAUUGUUAGUCUCUUGCUUGAGUCUGGAGUUGACAUCAAUCUCAGAAACUACCGUGGACAGACUGCUUUGAUGCAAGCAUGUCAGUAUGGUCACUGGGAAGUCGUUCAGAUUCUCAUUCUUUUCAUGGCCAAUAUUCAUAAGGCUGAUUAUCUCAACGGGGGUACAUCACUUCAUUUAGCUGCUCUAAAUGGACAUUCUCGAUGUAUACGGCUUCUCCUUGCUGAUUAUAUUCCCAGCAUCCCUAAUUUCUGCAAUGUCAUGAGAAAGAGAUCAAAAAACGAAGACUCUAUCCAAGAAUUCGAUGACUUUGCACUACAUGAGGUGAUCAAUAGACCUGCUGAUGGUGGCAUUACCGCCCUUCAUAUGGCAGCGCUGAAUGGCCAUGUGGAAAGUCUGCAACUACUCUUGGAUUUGGGGGCUUCGGUCACCAAGGUUACUGUGGAGGAUGGGACUACAAUUGAUUUGAUAGGUGCAGGAAGUACACCACUUCAUUAUGCUGCAUGUGGUGGGAAUGCUCAGUGUUGCCAGCUUUUAAUUGCCAGGGGUGCCAGUCUCAAUGCAGAAAAUGUGAAUGGGUGGACAUCUUUGAUGGUUGCUCGAUCAUGGCAUAGAGAUGGGCUGGAGGAGAUUUUAAGUACUCGUCCAGAAAAACAACCACGUCCCCUUCCUUCACCAUUCUUAUGCCUCCCUCUUAUGAGUAUAGUGAAGAUUGCUAGAGAAUGUGGAUGGAGAACAAUUGAUUCCCCUACGUCAACUUGUUUAGACCCUUGUGUUGUUUGUCUGGAAAGGAAGUGUACAGUUGCUGCAGAAGGUUGUUUUCAUGAGUUCUGCACGCACUGUGCAUUGUACCUGUGUUCCACCAGUAACACCUCAAUCGCAGCCCACGGCCCUCCAGGUUCGAUUCCUUGCCCUUUAUGUCGACACGGCAUUGUUUCAUUUAUUAAGCUAGCGGAUACGACACCAAUCAUCAAGGAAGCAGCACGAACGAGUCUGUCGUUGCCUUUUUGUUCCUGUACAGCUGAUGGACAAGAACCAACUACAUUAGAAACACCUUUAUGCAAGCCCGAUUUAUAUUGCUCCCGACUCUCCCCUCUAGGCUCUUCCUUCCUCUCGUUAAGCUGCCAAAAGUUCCCAGCAUUGAGAUUCAGCCCAGGCCUUUGUAUGGGAACGCCAGACACGAGUCCAUCCUUAGUUCCGAGAACCGGUGAACGAGAACAUCUGACUCGAUGCUCACGACCUAGCUUUAGGCGAUCAACGUCAAACGUCGAAGCUAGAAGAUGGUUGUGUUCCUUCAGCCAUUCUGUAGAAACUGGAAGCAGUUUCUGAAUUAGGUCCCUAUGCCUAUUUCAACUAUUAAUUUACAGUGAAAUCCUACAGGUUUUCCUCUUUAUUUUGUUCUUUUUUUAAAUUUUUUGGUUCCCAUUUAUUCAAAAAGAACUUUUGUUUGUAUAUCUCUUUUAAGUCUUAUCCACUAAAAAUGUAAUUGAAAUAUUUCAUCAAUAUGAAGUUUGGCCUGUAUAUAAUAAAAAAGUUUCAUGUGUUAUAUAA